AUAGCGAGCCACAAUUUACAUAACGCCGCCCAAUAAAUAGGCCUACUACGAAGCUUCUUCCAACAGAAAGGUUACAGAGCCGACGGGACUUUUAAGCAGACGAUCAUGGCAAGCUUAGUGGGGAAAUGGAGCUAUGUAUCCGCCGACAACAUGGAAAAGUAUAUGGAAGCGUCUGGUGUCCCAGAAAAUUUGAGAGAAAUUGCUCGUAAAAGCCAGCCAAACAUGGAGAUUAGCAACAGCGGGGACACAUGGACAAUCAAGACAGAGGUCGGCGACAAAGUCAAAGACUCCACCUUCAAAUUAGCCGAGGAGUUUGAUUCCGUUUCACUCACAGGGCAGCCUUUGAAGUGUACAGUCACUCUAAAUGGCGAAGAAAUGACAGAAGUACAGAAAUCUGGAGACAUUGUUGUCUCUAUUACAAGGAAAAUAGAAAACGGCCAGCUCUUGUCGGUUAGUAUGAAACGUUCUAACAUUUCCCUCUCCAAAUUUGUGAGUACACUUCGUAUAAUCAAAAAUGAUAGAUAAAUAUUUUUUUUAUUACUGUUGGCAUGCAAUGGUUUAAAAUUCCACAAUCAUUCUUCAAUUCUAUGACAGAAAUGAUAAAAAAUAUGAUAAUUCAAGUAACUGAGCGAUCAUAAAUAUGUGAUGUUUUUAAGUUUCAGAGGCUUUCAGUAGGUACUGCACUGCAAUUAUUGAAUAGAUCGAGUUUUUGCCUUGAAAGGGCGUAGAACGAUUAUUCGGAUUUCAGAUAUUUCUUUUUGUAUGUCUGACGCGCUAAAUCGCUUCAUGAAGUAUACCGCGAUGAAGCGUCGCACCCUCAUCAGUUUUCAAAGGUCCACUAAAUUCAAACUACAGUAAUCAAUAAUUUGUUGAUAGCACAUUAACAGCAGAUUUCUUGACCAUUGUUGAUUUAAAUUUGUUAUUCUAUUAUUUGUAGACUAUGACCAUCAACGGAGUGUCUGCUGUUGUCAAGUUCCAAAAAGCUUAGGCGAUAUUCUAUGUUGAUUUUUUAAAUUCGAAAUCAUUUAUAUGUUAUAUCAUGACUAAUUCAUUCGUAUGUGGCCAUAGUGAUUGUAUCAUGACUUAAUAGCCCAUAAUUUUUCUUUCUGCAUAAUAUAUAUAUAAAUAAAUUCUAUUAAUGAAA